CACUUGACGCAGCAGGGAUGUCUCAUGGCAGCUCAGCCGCCAGUCAUGAAAGUAAAAGCUGUCGUAAAACUCCUCGGAGCUCUCUGGCUACUGUGUAACUACAAUCUUCCUUCGCGACGUCGUUAACGUGAGACAACAACCGGCUCACAGACAUGGUGGAAAGUUGAUCUGAAGCAAUGGGCUACUUGUUCUGCUCCGUUGCUACAACUUUGCUCAGUCCAGCAGCCGUUCAGCCGCGACCACACCCUCCCUGCUUCCUCAUAGUACUGCAGCGGGAGCGCGCAGCACGACUUUGAAUCUCUGGGAAUAACGGCCGCUUCUUCCAGCCGCAGUUACAGUUUGGUGACCGUGAAGCUGCCAAGACAAGUGAGUUGAAUGUCCAAAGACUGCCGACUGGUAUGGAUAUGAGAAGCAAGUCCCCACAGAGGAUACGCGGGGCGACACAAUCUCUGGUCCCGAGUUAAGACGCGGAGGAGGAGGAGGUGGAGGGCGGACAGACGGACGAUGCAUAUGGAGUCGAAGCGACCGGAGCAACUGCUAGCUUCCAACCCAGGGCUGUGUUUGAAAAAGAAGAGGUUGAAAGUGGAUUGAGGGGUUUGUGGCGUUGGAAAGUCGACCUCACGGUGGAUUUGACUCGGGGGGACUCAUGAAAUGAUGGUGCUGGAGGGGAACACAAGUCUUCCCGCUGUCCAGAAGAGCUGCCCGGGUGGUGCCCUGUUUGCUACCAGCAUGAGUACGCCAGGCCGGUCAAACUCAGUGGGAACAAGUCGGACGAGAUCUCGGUGCUGUUUUAGACUACUUGCUCUGAUGCGAGUGGACACAAAAUGAUAUCCUAUUGAAUAUAGUCACAAAAAGACAGUUCAGCAGAUGUAAUUCCGGUUGGGAAUGGGUUAUUGAUUGAAAAGAUAAGGAGCUUUUCACGUUAUUUUUAUUAUUCUCAAUCUGCACUUUGCCUCUUCGAAGGCACCUCGGUGGCACUGCAGUUUGUGUGUGAUUUCUUUUUUAACUCAGCAACCUGUGAAUUGUUCUGUUCCACAAAAACCUGGGACUACGAUGACAAUAUUGACUUUUGGAUGAUGGUGUUCAGGGCAUUUAAAUUAAUUUGUCAAGAUAAGAGCAUAUAGCUUAUUACACUGAUUACUGAGAAGUCGGGGGGUUUCGAUUGACUGUGUUACAUUGUAAAAUUACUAAUAACCAAGGCAGAUAACUGGGAAUAUGCCAGAUCAUAGCUGAGACUUUUAUUGUACUAUACAUUAGAGACACAUAAGUUAAUUGUGGAGAUGUUAUUCAAACAUGAGUAAAUGCAGUAAUUGAGUUUUGCUCUUUAUACAUGUUUACAUUGAGAAUACAUGUCCUUUGUGUCAGCAGAUAAUGUACAGUUGAUUACUUAUACUCUGAAGGAAUUUAAAGAAGACUGUUUGGCCAGUUGUUAUUGAAAAGAGUUUGUAAAAAGCAGUGAGGUGAGGCUUAUUGGGAACCUUGGCAAUGUCUUAAACAGCACAAUGCAGUGUGCAGCAGCAGAAAACGAGAAAUAACUGAACCCCUACAGAAGAGCAGUUUGACCCUCUCUCCCCUCCACUUCCCUCCUUAUUAUGGCUAGUGGUGGUUCUGGCAAAUCGGCUAGCGAGGGAUCAACCAGCACACCCACUGGCAGUUUGCAGCAGAGGAAGCGUCUCUCCUCCAUCUGUGACACAUGUAAGGGCAAGAUGCAGCUGGUGGCCGACCUCCUCCUCUUGUCCAGCGAGACCAGGCCGGUCAUGACCUCCGAAGGCGUGGCGGUGGCUGACACCUUCGACCAGUGCCGCGACACCGUCAUCGCCAGGACUAAAGAGCUCUCCAUUCUCACCCACGACAUUCAGAGCCAGCUCAACAUGGGCCGCUUCACCGAGGUGGGGGACCGCCUCUUGGAGAUGGCCGACCUGGUGGUGUCUUUGACUGAGUGCUCAGCCCACGCUGCUUACCUGGCAGCCGUGGAGACGCCCGGCUCGCAGCCCUGCCUGCCGGGUCUGGUGGACCGCUACAAGGUGACUCGCUGCCGGCACGAAGUGGAACAGAGCUGCGGCCUCCUCCGGGUCACGCCCCUGCCAGACCUCACCCCCCAGCUCCUCCUCGAGCUCUCCCAGAACAUCUCCACCAGCCUCAAGAAUCUGACGGACAUCUCGUCGCUGGCUAGCGAGAGGUCGAGGGACCGCUUCGCGAAAGAGCAGUUCAAGCUGAGCGUCAAGAGCAUGAGCACAAGCGGCACAGCUUUCCUGGCGUGUGUGAAAGAGGUAAAAACCCAGCCCAGCGAGCUGACCAGGAACCGCUGCGUCCUCUUUAGUGCCGCUCUGGUCCAGGCUGUCAGUGCCCUGGUCGGGUUUGCCACAGAACCUCAGUUCCUGGGAAGAGCUGCGAGUAUCUCCACUGAAGGGAAGGGCGUACAGACUGCAGUCUUAGGGGGGGCCAUGAGUGUGGUUUCAGCCUGUGUCCUCCUCACUCAGGGCCUCAGGGAUGUUGCACAGCAUCCCGAGAGUAGCUCCAAAAUGGCAGACUACCGUGAGCGCCUGCGUAAUUCGGCAUGCGCUGUGUCAGACGGCUGCACUCUGCUCACUCAGGCACUCAGAGAACGCUCCUCUCCAAGGACUCUGCCGCCAGUCAACUCUCAUUCUGUGAAUUAGUCUAGGACGAGGCAGCGUGAGCUCCAGUCCCCUCUGUCCUAUUCUGACGUACCAAAGAGACUCACUUGGGUUGUCCCUGUUCAUCAGGUUUCGAGUCAGAGUAACAUCAGAAGAAGGCUGUCUGUGGCUCUGUUCAUGUGGUUGAGGUGUGAUAGGAUGCAGAGGAGCACUAAAACAACCACUACAGGGUUUUGUGUUGCGCUGGAUGUGACUCAAACCUUGUUAGAAUCUGACCACUUGACCACUCUGGGCUCGCCCCGGGAUCAGCAGACAGCCCGCUCUCACCAACAGACAGCAGCCUUCAAACCUGAAAAGUUUACCUCAGUUUUCAGCUCUGGUGAAAACACCAGCCUUGAUGAUGGAUGUAGCCUCGCUGUGUGAACCUAUGGUUGGCUGACCUACUCGAUUACGUGUGCUUUGUCAUAUUGGAAAGAGUGAUCUGAGUGUCUCGAUGCUUGUUUUUCGUUUUGUUUUUGUUUUUUUUCAAUGUGUGAAUUUUUCUUUGGUAAAAGCUGCUGUGAGUGUGUGCCAUAGGUUUUACACUAUUUACCAGACUUCCUAUAGUAUUUUAAAGUGUUUUGAUCAUGCAUGUAAUGGAGUAUUUAUUUCAACUAUUAAAAAUGUUGUUUCUGA